AAUACCUUCACAGAAUGGAGACAGAAGAAGCACAGGAGAUGUCCCAGAUGGCGGAGAGAGAAAGCCCAGUGGCUACAGAGGCAGUGGAAGAACCAGAGGAGACCAUGCCGGUUCCUGAAGACCUCUCCACCAGCUCCUCCCUUCAGCAAAACAGCCGAGCCGAGAAGCCCCUGGCCUGUAGUAUAAAAGUUGAGUCUCGCAGUGACGAGGAAAGAGGGAUGGCCAGUGAGGUGAAUGGAGAGGAGGAGUGUGCUGAGGACUUGCGCGUGCUCGAUGCCUCAGGAGUCAAAGUGAACGGCUCCCACGCCGGCCCCGACGGCAAGGCGGCCUACCCCUCGUCCGGGGGCAUCCGACUGCCCAACGGGAAGCUCAAGUGUGAUAUCUGUGGGAUAGUUUGCAUUGGCCCCAAUGUGCUGAUGGUGCACAAGCGAAGCCACACUGGUGAGAGACCAUUCCAGUGUAACCAGUGUGGAGCCUCGUUCACUCAGAAAGGGAAUUUGCUCCGUCACAUUAAACUCCACUCCGGAGAGAAGCCUUUCAAAUGUCAUCUUUGUAACUACGCCUGUCGCCGUAGAGAUGCCCUCACAGGGCACCUGCGCACUCACUCCGUUGGAAAGCCCCAUAAGUGUGCCUACUGCGGUCGGAGCUACAAGCAGCGCAGUUCACUGGAGGAGCAUAAAGAGAGAUGCCAUAACUAUCUCCAGUGCAUGGGCCUGCAGAACAGCAUCUACACAGUAGUAAAGGAAGAAAGCAACCCGGGUGAGCGAGGGGAGGACAUUACGCUGGCUGGGGCGGAGAGGGCCUUGGUGCUAGACAGAAUAGCCAGUAAUGUAGCUAAACGUAAGAGCUCCAUGCCACAGAAAUUUGUGGGAGAGAAGCGUUUGUCAGAUCUCUCCUUUGAUGGGAACUCAGGAGAGCUGAUGCAGCCUCACGUCAUUGACCAGGCUAUAAACAGCGCCAUCAGCUACCUGGGUGCCGAAUCUCUGCGACCCCUCGUCCAGACCUCCCCUGGCUCUUCCUCUGAUGUGGUGGUCAGCCCCAUAUACAACCUCCACAAGCCUCAGUCAGACGGCCCUGCCGGCCUGUCGGCCAAAGACAGCGCUGCUGAGAACCUUCUCCUGCUCUCCAAGUCCAAAUCAGCGUCGAGCGAAAAGGAUGGUUCGGCCAGUCCCAGCGGACAAGACUCCACCGACACAGAGAGUAACAACGAAGACAGGGCGGCCGGGGGCGCUGCCGGGACGGCCGCCGCUGGCCUCAUCUACCUGACCAAUCACAUGGCUCCAGGGGUGAGAAACGGGGGCCUCCCAUUGGUCAAGGAGGAGCAGCAGCGCCACUUUGAGGCGCUCCGUGCGGCGGGGAUGGAGUUGGGGUUGGGAGUAGCGUCAGAUGGGUUCAAGGUGGUGAGUGGAGAAGGGGAGGAAGUGAGGGCAUAUCGUUGCGCCCACUGCAGGGUCCUGUUUCUUGAUCAUGUUAUGUACACCAUCCACAUGGGUUGCCACGGAUUCCGGGACCCUUUUGAGUGUAACCUGUGUGGAUACCGUAGCCAAGACCGCUAUGAGUUCUCCUCGCAUAUGACACGUGGGGAGCACCGCUUUGGAGCGCACACACAUGUGUAG